AUGGCUUCGAACGAGCGGGUACCGUUGUUGGACGAAAAGUCUCAACACGCCGAUCAGGUUGGCAGUCAAGACAGUGCGGCGAUACCUCACUCCAGCCAUGGACAUAGGAGGCACAGCAGACUAGCGUGGGCGAUACUCCUGCCGUUGUUCUGCAUUGCUACUAUCCUCGGCAUCUCCAGUCUAUACACCAUCCAACACUCACGGUCCUCCAACUGGAGUGGAUCUAGACAUACUCCAGUUGAUGAGCGCCCAGCUACAACAUCCAAUUACACAUGCGUUCCAGGACAGACAUGUUGGCCGUCGACUAGCCAAUGGAGCGCCUUCAAUCAGAGCAUCAACGGACAUCUCAGGCUCACCAUACCCUGGGCCGCACCGUGUUACUCCAACUCAACUAGCAAAGAAUGUCAAGAGGUCUCAAAAGACUACAUGGAUGGCACACCACGAAGUGCGCACUACGGCUCGAUGGAGUUCCUAGACUGGGAGACGUGCGGACAGUCAAACUGCCAACUCAAUUCUUUCUCCCCGUCGUCGCCUGUGUCGGGAACGUGUUCGCUGGGAAGACUGUCGACGUAUCAUGUCGAGGCUCACACAUCGGAUGACAUUGGCAAGACAUUGGACUUUGUUCGAAAGCAUGGUAUCCGCGUCUCAAUCAAGAACACCGGACAUGACUACUUUGGGAGGUCGAAUGCUGCCAAUUCGCUCGCCAUCUGGACACACAAGAUGAAGGAUGCAAAGUAUCACAAGAAGUUCCAACCUCGAGGAUGCAAGACGCGCUAUGAGAAUAUUGGAGAAAUUGGUGCGGGUAUACAGGCGCAAGAAGCGUGGGAGUUCUUCGAGCCCCUCGACAUGAUGGUCACCGUCGGUGCUGUGGGCUCGGUGGGCAUUGCUGGAGGUUUUGGUCAGGGAGGAGGUCACGGUCCGCUUGGUCCCAAGUACGGCAUGAUGGUGGACCAAGCGGUCGAGUUCGACGUCGUUACUGCCGAUGGCAAGCAUCGCACUAUCAACGAGUGUUCCGACCCGGAUCUCUUCUGGGCCAUGCGAGGAGGCGGAGGAGGCAACUACGCCGUCCUGACAUCCUACAAAUUCCAGCUACACCCCGCGGUACCUCUCAACGUCUACAGCUUCCAGGCGAAUUUCCCCACACCAGAUGGCGAUCUCGACAUCACCGAGUCCAAAGUCCACCGUGACAUCGUCCAGGCCCUAGCCUCGAACCAAACCCUCUUCUCCCAACAUGGAAUGGCAGGCUACAACUUCCUCCUCCCAGACCACAUGGUCUCACUGCAAAUCCUCCCCUCAACAAACACAUCCGCAAUCCGCGCCCUAACCGCCCAAUGGCACGACUUCCUCACCACCUACCCAGGCCUAAACAUAACCGAAAACAAAUACCACACCUUCCCCAAAUUCUCCACCUGGCACACCUUCACCCAACGCCCCUCAAUCUCGCGCAACGGCCCCGUCGGCCUCGGACUCUUCGAAUCCGGCCGCCUCCUCCCCGCCCCGCUCUUCCAAACGCCCUCAUCAAUAGACACCCUCGUCUCCGCAGUCGUAACCGCGAUGCAAUUCUCGCUCACAAACCGCAGCGGCGGCGGCGUCCAACUCUACGCCACCGGCCCAGCCACACACCCCGACAACAGCAAGACCGGCCUCAACCCCGCGUGGCGCUCCGCCCUCUGGCACGUCGUCAUGGGCGCCGUGUGGACAACCGCCACGCCGCCGCAGGUCCGCGCGCAGAUGCAGAAUACGGUUUCGGCGGCGAUACAGCCGUUCAAGGCGUUGACGCCGGGGGGUGGGUGCUAUGUGAAUGAGGGGGAUUGGACGGAGGAGAAUUGGCAGCAGGCGUUUUUUGGGAGUAAUUACGAUAGGUUACUUGGUGUGAAGAGGAGGUAUGAUUCUACGGGGCUGUUUAGCUGCUGGAAGUGUGUGGGUUGGACGGGGUAUGAGGAUCCGAUGUACUCGUGUUACUCGCAGAGUGGGAGGGAGCCGCGGCCGUCGGUGCCGCUUGGUCCGGUUGGUUGA